AUGAGCAGCGACGCCGGAUCGUCACGCGCCACCUCGGCGUCGUUGGACGGCCCUCGUGUGAGCCAACGUGCAUCUAACAGCUGCGCGUUUUGUACCAAACGCAAGAUCAAAUGCAACAAGGCCAUUCCAUGUGACAACUGUAUCAGGCGCGGUCACCCCGAGACCUGUACUCGUCUACCAGCCAUCGUCCGUGGUCGCCUUGUCAAUGCGCCAAGCACCACCCAUCGCUCCCCCCUCACGGCAGACCAGAUCCGUCUCUUGCGUGAAGGCCAGCUUCAGCGCGAGAAUGUCGGUUUGCGCCGUCGCGUCGCCGAUCUCGAGACCCGCAUUCGCGAGCUCGAGAACGGCGGUGCCUCUUCAGUUGGAAAGACCACCCCGGCAUCCAUAAUGGCAGACUCGCCAAGCGAUACCCAGUCGCCCAGCAAUGCCUUUGCGCACCUCAUCGGCGCCGCGCGCAGCGCUUCGGGAAGUGGAUCGAAUGUCCCCGUGGAGCGCUCGCGCCAGGACGACCCCGACAUUCUCGAACCGUUCGUCCAUGUCAUGGCUGCGCCGACCGUGCACUCUGAGCGUCCCUCGUCGCCCCACCCGCGCACUCGCGACCUUGGUAGCCCGGCGCCCAUGUCGCCCAUGAGCGGCCUCCCAGACCUUCCCUCCCGCAAGGCCACCGACCUUGCCCAGGCUGACCUGCUCACCUUGCUCCCGACCGCGCCGCAGAGCAUGGUCAUCGUCCGCGCCAGUCUCAAGUACAUGUCCUUCCUCCACUGCGCCAGCCACGUCCCCCAUUGGCUCCAGGAGCACGACGAGUGGAUCGCGGCUGUCAGCGACGGCCGCGAUGGCGGCAAGGGCGACGCUUGGCUCAGCUACUACUUCUCCCUCCUCUCGGUCGGAAUGUACUUUUCCGGCGACCUUCUCGCGGCCGAGCUCGGUCUAUCGGUGGAGGAGACUGCCUCGCUGUCUGCGUUCUGGUUUGACGUCUGUCUCGAGGCCCUCAACAGGUCCAAGUUCAUGUCGACCAACCCCACCAUCGAGGCGCUCCAGGCCAUUGUGGUUCUCCCCAUGGUCUCCUACAACUUUGGAGCGUCGGCGUAUACCGAGUCUCUGCUUCACGUCGGUCUUCGUAUUGCCCAGCUCCUCAAGCUCCACCUUCUCGGUCCCGAGCCCGAGGACACCAACAACCUCCCGCCCGGCCUCAUCAACCGCGAGAUGGGUCGCCGUCUGUGGCUACUUUUGCGUUUGGGUGAAGGCCGACCAGACUUUGCCAACACCGGUGGUCUCCGUCUCCCGCAAGGCAUGACGGUUGAACCGUUCAAUGCCAACUUUGAGGACCUUACCGAUACCAGUGUGAUCGACCGCCCCUUCACCGAGUUCACUGUCGUCACUCACCUCAUCGCUGCCGGAAGGCGUUACCGCAUCUUCCGCCAGUUCGCCGAGGCGUUUGCGGACGCAAACUCGCUCAAGGAGCAGUACAUGAUUGCCAACGCGGCAUCCGAGGCGCUUGUGGCCAACUACAACGACUUCCCCUGCCUGCACAACAGCGACGGCGACAUGUUUGACGAGGUCAUCGACCUCCACGCUCCGCACGACCAUCGCCCGCACUCGCGCUACAUCUGGACGCUCCUCAUGUCCGCUGGUACCAUUCUCGUGUACCGCUCGUUCCUCGGCCGCGCGUACACUGACCGUCGGUUCAUCGAGGUUCGCGAAGCGUGUCUUAACGCCGCUCGUGAGAUUCUUCGCCAGCGCAAGCGUCGCGUGCCACCCUUGUUCCUCCGCUCCUGGCCCAUUGCGUCCUACACCGUCCUCGCAGGUGUCGUCCUCUCAACCGAGCUCGUCCACGGCUCGCCGUCGCCCGCGAUGCGCGCGCAGCUCAUCACCGAGAUCCAAAGCCUCAUCGACUCGCUCUGGGAAUGCGGCACAAACUCGCUCGUCGUGCAGCGUGGUGUGCCUCUCCUGAGGAGGUUUAUCGACACGCCCGCUGCCCCGCCAAAGGCUGAGCACAUUGCCAUCGACGAGACUGUCACGGCGGCGAACGCGGCGCUGCCUGCCGCGCAGGAGCUGUGGCCGUCCCUCCCUAUCGUUCCCGACGGAGCCGCCGGCGCAGACGUCUGGGCCAUGAACACCAACGAGGACGUGUGGUCCAAUGCGCUCGUGGCUCUCGAGAACGACGACGCUAGUGGAUGGUGGACUACUCUGAUCUAG